AUGCCUCGUAAUAAGAUACCAGAAGGUAUGAAAGGGAUGGUCAAAUAUUUUUUGACAAAAAAUUAUUCAUAUUCUGCUAUACAAGAAGAAUUAGCGGAGAUGAAUUUUAAUAUAUCAAGAAGUACGAUUAGUCGCAUUGCUAACAAGGUUGGAAAGCAGCGUGAAUUAGCUUUAUUAAAUAAUCAAAAACCAAAAUUUUAUCGUCGGCGUCAUUUAGCAACACCUGAUAUUAUCCGUCGUAUUACAUUAUGUAUAAGUAGAGAAAAUCCUCCGACAACUCGAUUAAUGGCUGCAAGAUGCAAUGUUAGUGUUGGAACUGUUAUGAAUGUUAUUCGUGAUGUUAUUCAUGCAAAAUGUCUUAAAAAAAGACCAGUACACCAGUUAAAUCCAGCUGUUAUUGAGAAGAGAAAAAGGAGAGCUUGGCGUAUGUAUCUUCGAUUAGUCAAUGAAAAACUUACGAGUGCGACCCCUUGUGGAGCCAACAUGUAA